CUCAAUAAAUCGACUCCUUUUGGAAAGAAGGAGAAGAGAGCGGCACACGUAGUUACGCUUCAGACCUCAAAAUUUCGACUGAAAAAAUAAAAGAAAAAACAGUUACGCAAAGAGAAGAGAAGAAGAACGAAAACAAAAAACGAAGAAAAUUAUGGGAUCGACUGAUUCAGAAUUGGAUUCAAUUUUUCAGGAUAACAAGCGUCAUCGUAAUCGUCUUGUUCCGAUCGGUGCAUUUCUCACUGCAGGAGUGCUCACUGCCGGACUCAUUAGUUUCAAGCGGGGAAAUUCUCAAUUAGGUCAGCAACUAAUGAGAGCUAGAGUUCUUGUUCAAGGUGGUACAGUCGCACUGAUGGUUGGUUCAGCAUAUUACUAUGGAGAUAAUUUCAAGCGCGCUGGAUGAUUGACUGACUACCAAACGACUCCCUCAUUCGUCUGUCUUGAGUUGAUUUUCUGCUGGGAAAAAUGAUUCCAUAUCUUGUUAGGAUGCAGUUUCGUUACAUGGCUGUCAUUGCCACCCCAACCACUUCUCCCAUCACAUAAGAAAGAAAAAUUGAGGAAAAAGUAAUAACAGAGUGAAACAUAAUGCUAAUGUUUAUGUAUUUUUUAAAUUAAUGGGUUCUUGCUUUGUAUCUCAUUUAUGUCGUUUUAAUCUUUAUGUUUGUUGAAAAUGAUUAAUCUCUGUGUGGCUUAUGAGGUUCAAAUUCAACAAGAAGUAUUCGAAUGA